AUGACCUAUUCUCCUGACCAACCAACCCAGCUGACCUACUCUCCUGACCAACCCUCCCAGAUGACCUAUUCUCCUGACCAACCAACCCAGAUGACCUAUUGUCCUGACCAACCCUCCCAGCUGACCUACUCUCCUGACCAACCCUCCCAGAUGACCUAUUGUCCUGACGAACCAACCCAGAUGACCUAUUGUCCUGACCAGCCCUCCCAGCUGACCUACUCUCCUGACCAACCCUCCCAGAUGACCUAUCCCUCUAACCACCCAAAUGACCAACCCUCCCAGAUUACCUACUCUCCUGACCAACACUCCCAGAUGACCUACUCUCCUGACCAACCAUCCCAGAUGACCUAUUCCCCUGACCAACCUCCCAGAUGA